AUGGCCCCGUCGGGGACCACCGGGGCGUCCCCCGACGGGAGCCGGAGCCGCUGCUGCCGAGCGUCGGCUGUGUCGCGACAGAGAGCGGGGUCUCCGGGAUGGUUCCCGUUCUCCAGAAACAAGGGGGGAAGAGGGAGAAAAGGCGGCGGGAGAGACCUGGCCCCGCUGCCGCGACGGCGGGGACCGGCCCGGGGUGGGGAGCGGCGGGUCCCCGUUCCUGGGGAUGGAGAACGGCCGCAGGGGGCUGGAAAGUCGCGUCCGGCCGCCGACUCCGCUCCCCGGACCCCAGCGGGCAGGGCCGGCGGCAGCAACCGCGGAGCGGCCGCAGGGACGGGCCGGGGGCUCCGGGACCUGCUGGGGCUGCGGGGCUGGCAGCGCUCCGGAGCCCCGGCGCUCCCGGUUCCCUGGGGCUCCUCGGGGCCUCGCUACGGGGCAAAAACGCUCUCGUUCCCAGGUGAGAAGGGCUGCAAAGGCUUCCAGGCGAUUCCCGCAGCCUGCAGGGUGCCCCCGAAAGCCCCGGAGGACUUGGGGUGCCCACUGACGGCACCCCUGGGCAGCCUCCGGGACCACGGGAUCCCCGAGCUCCCCGAGCCCCUGGGCAAGAGCAAGAGCAAGAAGCGGAGGAACAGGACGACCUUCAGCACGUUCCAGCUGGAGGAGCUGGAGAAGGUUUUCCAGAAGACGCAUUAUCCCGAUGUGUACGCCCGGGAGCAGCUGGCGCUGCGCACGGACCUGACCGAAGCCAGGGUGCAGGUUUGGUUCCAGAACCGCCGGGCCAAGUGGAGGAAACGGGAACGCUACGGGAAAAUCCAGGAGGUGAGAGACGGCUGCAGCCCCUGCCCCCACUGCCAGGGGAGGGGUCCCGUCCCACCGCACCUGCGGCUGCAGAACAACCUGUGGCCGAGCCCUGGGAGCCCCCCGGGGCUGCUGCCCCCCGAGACCAUCCCGUCACCCUGCAUGUCCCCGUACCCCCCCGCUCCCAGCAACGGCUUCGUGGGCAUUGCUGCUUCCCCGGGCCCCCACCCCGGCAUCAACAGCCUCUACCCCCUGCACGGGCUGCCCCCGCCGGGCCUGGCCCCCCACCCCUUCGAGCCGCCCCCCCAUCACGACUACAAAGCACCCAGCCUGAUGCCACUGAGGAUGAAGAGCAAAGAAGGGGCCGGGAGCCUCCUGAAUUGGGCCACAUGA